AUGGAAAACAAGGAUAACGAACAAGCUCCCGCUCUCCGACGGAGUGCUCGCAUUCCCAAGGUACAGCAGCAGGCUGCCGCCAGGGCUGCUGCACAAGCGGAGACAGAAGCAGAAGCAGCUCGUCAACCCAAGAGACGACGGAAGAAUGCAUCUACGAAGGCGGCUUCGACAACGGUUCCACGGGCUACUACGAAGCGGGCUACGUCUGGGCCUCCUAGGCGACGGGGGAGACAGCAGCUUGUGAAUGAACCUGCGGCACAGCGUCAACUGGCACCCUGGCCUGAGAAUCAACCCCAGGACCCUGUAUAUCAAUCUCAAAUUCAGCCUACCGCCGAAGCUGUACGGCAGCCUGAGUAUCAACAGCCAGCACUUCCGCAAUACCAACUCCCGGGCCAGUAUGAGGCCCAGAAUCAGCAGGAAACCCAGUAUGUUGCUCAAGCCGACUAUCAAACACAAGUUCCGCAGAAACAACAAGCUCUGUAUUAUCACCAAGCCGGUUAUCCACGUGAAGUUUAUCAAUAUCAACCUACAUAUCCCCCUCCAAGUCAGCCUGCAAAUCUUCCCGCAACCCAGACUGUCCUACCCGCGCCAGUUCAUACAGGAAUGUAUCAUUAUCCUCAGCCCCAACCUGAGUAUCACAUCGGGUAUGGAACUGAGCAGCAACAGCCUCUCUCGACUAUAAACCAGCCCGCACCACCUACAUGCUAUUCUGCGUAUCAAACUACACAGCAACCGCGCCUUCCGUCUGUGCACCAACUUGUACAUCCUGGGGAUGGUGUAACGUACUAUGAUCAAACUGGAGUGCAACUACCUCCCUUGCAACAGGCUCCGGUCCAGCCUAUACCCUCUCCUGUGGGCCAUGCUACAUAUCAAAAUGCAUAUCAAAAUGCACAGCAACCUGUGCAGCAAUCAGUCGCCCAGACGGGGCAACAACCUCCGCCGCAGCCUGUAGUCCAAGAUGCGGAAGCGCCAGCGGGCAAACCAACUGGUCAAACUGAACAUCAAUUGGCCGAUGAGGACAAUCGAAGAGUAAAUGUACGUAUCCCCAAGCGAAAGCGUUACCCAAUCUACCAGUGGAGUCGAUCUAUGAACUGGCCAGCGGAGUUCAUGGGUGCGAGAGGGAAUCAAAAUCAAGGGGGGGUAGCCCCCAUAUAUAGAUUUGACGAGAUCAGAGAUCUGGCAAAACGCACUGUGUCUGGGUUUACCGUACCCGGAUGGUCAAACUACAACAUGCCUAAUGACGGGGAUAUGCUGACGCCAGAAAAGCAGAGCGAAGUCCCGACUGGCUGUCCAAUCGACCGCUGGACGAGGGACUGGAUGUAUGACCAUCGUGCGGUUGAUUACCUCAAUAAAUGGCACUGCUGCUUGAAUGAUGGGUCAAAGAAGCCGGGUAAUGAUGAGUCCACGAGUCCGGCGAGUGAUGAGAAAGACUUUUGCCUUCAAUUAUUGGAAAACCAGUGCCCAACGCCUAAAGGAACUUUAUUCGAUCCCGACGAUUUCCAAUACAUUUGCGACAGAGCGGUAUCAAUGAAUGAGGUAGAGAUGCUUCACCUCAUCGGCGAUUUGAUAGUACCUCAAGCGGAGAUUGCAGUCCAUCGUGGUCAGGUCACUUGGACCAAUGCCCUCAAGGAAAAGUUCUGCCAGCCCUGGACUCAUUCAAUUCCAUUCGACGAACAGUCUACGAGAUUAUCGCAACGAUUUGCCCGGAAUAUGGAAUCCACUGGCUACCAGCUGCCCAUGCCACAGCCAGAUCAUACCGUGGGAUUUUCUCAAGGUGCUUUUAGUGCGAGGCAACAUCGGCGGCUGAUGGCGCAGACACUCUACAAUGAUGGAUAUGACGAGUAUGACCCGGUUUCUUUCUUCAAUGGGCCCCACAAUAUGCUCUUCCCCUUCCUGACCACAGAAGUACAACGCGGGACCUCAUUCGGGCCCGCAGAGCGGGAAAACGCCCACAACAUGGCGGUGGCUAUGAAGGGAAUUGUCACAUUAUUCAAACGUGUGCUGAUUCCAAAAGAGGAAGAAGGUCUAAACCAGAAAAUCCUAGAACUAAACCGCAGAGUCCUAGGAUUCUCAAUCUCGCAUAAUUCCGAGAGGGUGAGGAUCCAUGCUCAUUAUCCCAUCAUCGAGGGUGGGAAUAUAACGUACCACCGCUGGCUUGUUAAAGAUUUCAAAUGGACAUCCGAGGCAGAGAAAUGGCAGGCCUAUAAGUUUGUCAUGGCUGUCUAUAACGACUGGGCACCGCGCCAUCUCAAAAGACUGUGCUCGGCAAUUGAUGGCCUACCGCUUGAAGAUCAAAUCAACAUGUCACCCUCCCCAGAAGCGACUGAUAACAACGGACAGACAGCUGUGGCCCCACCAGAUCCUGAAAUACCAGAUGUUGACGUCGAUGCAUUAAAGGAUCACAUGCAGGCCGUAAAAAACGCCCGUGAAAGAGAGGGUAUACAUUAUACUCUAGAAGUUAGUGAGGUGGCUCAGGCAUAA